CCCCGCUUAGAGAAUCCGAUUCCCCAGAAUGACCGGCGCAGAUCAGGUCUUCCUGCAGUCCGCAGCUCGCUCUGCCACGUACACUGUCAUUUCACAGCUGCUCUUCCGAAUCAUCACUUUCGUCAUGAAUGCAAUCGUGCUUCGCCGUGCACCGCCAGAGCUUGUUGGCGUCGUGAAUGUUCGACUAAUGCUGCUCUAUACUACCGUCCUGUUCAUUGCACGCGAGCCCUUCCGCCGCGCUUGCUUGGCUGCACGGUCGUCCGCAGCCGCGUCAGCAACGUCAAGCAGCGAUCGCGACGAUCCGCUCUCCCCGGCAGCCAACGCGCGCACUUGGCUGCGGAUUAAGGCAGUGGCUUGGCUGUGCAUGCCGGUUGGCGUGGCCGUGGCAGGCGCACUCGCGCUUGUGUGGAGCAAGUUGCUCGAGCAUCCGUCCGAAGCCAUCUCUGGCUACGAUCAGGGUGUCGCCAUGUACGCGAUCGCAGCCGUCGUUGAGCUACUAAGCGAGCCCUUGUUUGUGCGUGCACAAAUAUUCCUGCAGCCGGGCCCGAGGGUGGUCGCUGAGGGUCUUGCCACCCUGACGCGUUGCGUGAUGGUCAUUUCGCUGCUCCUCUGGGACGACUCGCUGACCAUUGCCGAAUGCGGCGUGGCCCAGAUGGCCUACGCGCUUGUCUUGUUGUCGUGGCUGAUUUUCGACGCCGCGCGCCGGUCGUCCGGGCAACUCCGCGCUGCUGACGUGCUGCCGUUCGGCACCGGUUUCGACAAGGCAACGCUGACGCUCGCCUGGGCCUUCUUCCGGCAGUCCAUCUUGAAGCAGCUUCUCAGCGAAGGGGAGCGCUAUGUCAUGACCAUGUUUAACGUGAUUUCAUUUGCCGAGCAGGGCGUGUUUGACGUCGUGAACAACCUCGGCUCGCUGAUUGUGCGGUUUUUCUUCCUGCCAAUCGAAGACAGUUUCUACCCGUACUUUGCCAACUGCUUGCCCCGCGCGACCAAUCUCAAGCAGGCUCUUGAAGACGAGCGAGGAGCAGAGUCUCGCGUGGCUCUUGCUGUCUCGGCGACUCGAAUGUUUGGUCUGCUGCUCAAAGUCAUGCUUUCGAUCGCUGGCUUGGGUUUGGCGUUUGGUCCACCCUCAGCCUCCGUCUUGUUGAGCUGGUACGGCGGCCAGCAUCUUGCGACAGGGACGGGACCACUUUUGCUGCAAGUUUUUUGCGUGUACGUUGCCAUGCUGGCCGUGAAUGGCAUUUCCGAGUGUUUUGUUUCGGCCGUUGCGCCGCGGAGCCAUCUCGACCGCAUGUCUGGGCUUCUGGUGGGCAUAUCCGUGCUUUUCAUCGUCAGCUCAAUCCUUCUCACCAGCCAAGUCGGUGCUGUCGGCUUUGUGAUUGCCAACUGCAUGAGCGUGGGCAUUCGGUUGGUCGCCAGCUCAAGUUUCAUCCGCCGAUACUAUGCCAACACGGAUGUUGAUCUGGCCGCGCGGGGCGACAUGGUUGCUCGGCCAGCCACGUUGAAUAAGAGCGAUGUCGUGCCCCGUCCCCUCGUUAUCAUGGCGUUGGUAGUGUCUUGCAGCACAGUAUCGGCCAUGCGAUGGGUGUUGGAUCAAGGCUGGGCCGGCGAGCCCGGGCUGUUUGUCGACGGAAUUUACAUUGCGACGGCGGCCUUUUGUCUUUGCGUUGUUGCUGGAUCCGUGCUGAUUGCGGAUCGCGCGCUUGUGGACGCCGCUCGGACGUGGUAUCGCGAGCGCCGAGCACAGCAAAAGCGGUUGUAGUCUAUGCUGGAUUUUAUUUUGCAGCUUGCUUGAACGAAAAAAUACUGUAGUGUUGUCAUUCAUUAAUAGGUUUAACUGGAUUAUUUGCAUAAAUGUAUUGAUUGCC